AUGGACCUCCUCCAAGAGGCCUUCCCACCUUCUGCAUAUCUCCCUGCAGGAUGGGGCAGACAGAGAUCCCAGGUACACAUCCAUCACAGCACCUGGCUGCACUUCCCCGGGCACAACCUGCGCUGGAUCCUGACCUUCAUCUUGCUCUUUGUCCUUGUGUGUGAGAUCGCUGAGGGUAUCCUGUCUGAUGGGGUGACAGAAUCCCGCCACCUGCACCUCUACAUGCCGGCUGGGAUGGCGUUCCUGGCUGCCGUCACCUCUGUGGUCUACUACCAUAACAUCGAGACCUCCAACUUUCCCAAGCUUCUGAUUGCUCUGCUCAUCUAUUGGACCCUGGCCUUCAUCACUAAGACCAUCAAGUUUGUCAAGUUCUAUGACCAUGCCAUCGGCUUCUCUCAGCUCCGCUUCUGCCUCACGGGGCUUCUGGUGAUUCUGUACGGAAUGUUGCUGCUCAGGUACAUCUUCUUCAAAACGCCAAGGGAGGUGAAGCCCCCUGAGGACCUGCAGGACUUGGGUGUGCGCUUUCUGCAGCCCUUCGUUAACCUGCUGUCAAAGGGGACCUACUGGUGGAUGAAUGCCUUCAUCAAGACAGCCCACAAGAAGCCCAUCGACCUGCGGGCUAUCGGCAAGCUGCCCAUUGCCAUGAGAGCCCUCACCAACUAUCAGCGCCUCUGCGAGGCCUUCGAUGCUCAAGCGCGGAAGGACAUGCAGAGCCCACAAGGUGCCCGGGCCAUCUGGAGGGCUCUCUGCCAUGCCUUUGGGAGACGCCUGAUCCUCAGCAGCACAUUCCGCAUCCUGGCUGACCUGCUGGGCUUCGCUGGACCACUCUGUAUCUUUGGGAUUGUGGACCACCUGGGGAAGGAACACCACGUCUUCCAGCCCAAGACACAGUUUCUCGGGGUUUACUUUGUCUCUUCCCAAGAGUUCCUUGGCAAUGCCUAUGUCUUGGCUGUGCUUCUGUUCCUCGCCCUGCUACUGCAAAGGACAUUCCUGCAAGCCUCAUACUAUGUCGCCAUCGAAACCGGAAUUAACCUGAGAGGAGCCAUCCAGACCAAGAUUUACAAUAAAAUCAUGCACCUGUCCACCUCCAACCUGUCAAUGGGGGAAAUGACUGCUGGGCAGAUCUGCAACCUGGUGGCCAUCGACACAAAUCAACUCAUGUGGUUCUUCUUCUUGUGCCCAAACCUCUGGGCUAUGCCAGUACAGAUCAUUGUGGGAGUGAUUCUUCUCUACUACAUCCUUGGGGUCAGUGCCUUGAUUGGAGCAGCUGUCAUCAUUCUGCUGGCUCCUGUACAGUACUUUGUGGCCACCAAGCUCUCCCAGGCACAACGGAGCACCUUGGAAUAUUCCAAUGAGAGGCUGAAGCAGACCAAUGAGAUGCUCCGGGGCAUCAAGCUGCUCAAGCUGUAUGCCUGGGAGAACAUCUUCUGCUCAAGGGUGGAGAUGACUCGCAGGAAGGAGAUGACCAGCCUCAGAGCCUUCGCUGUCUAUACUUCCAUCUCCAUCUUCAUGAACACAGCCAUCCCCAUUGCUGCCGUGCUCAUCACCUUCGUGGGCCACGUCAGCUUCUUCAAAGAGUCGGACUUCUCACCCUCGGUGGCCUUUGCCUCCCUCUCUCUCUUCCACAUCCUGGUCACACCACUGUUCCUGCUGUCUAGUGUGGUUCGGUCCACUGUCAAAGCUCUGGUGAGCGUGCAAAAACUGAGUGAGUUCCUGUCCAGUGCAGAGAUCCGUGAGGAGCAGUGUGCCCCCAGAGAGCCUGCACCCCAAGGCCAAGCCAGCAAGUACCAGGCAGUGCCCCUCAAGGUUGUGAACCGCAAGCGCCCAGCCCGGGAAGAGGUCCAGGACCUAUUGGGCCCACUGCAGAGGCUGGCCCCCAGCAUGGAUGGGGAUGCUGACAACUUCUGUGUCCAGAUCAUCGGAGGCUUCUUCACCUGGCCCCCUCCUGGGAUCCCCACUCUGUCCAACUCAAUCACCAUCCAUAUCCCCCGAGGCCAGCUGACCAUGAUUGUGGGGCAGGUGGGCUGCGGCAAGUCCUCGCUUCUUCUCGCCACCCUGGGGGAGAUGCAGAAGGUGUCAGGAGCCGUCUUCUGGAACAGCAGCCUUCCGGACAGUGAGGGAGAAGACCCCAGCAUCCCAGAGCGGGAGACAGCGGCUGGCUCAGAUAUCAGGAGCAGAGGUCCCGUGGCCUACGCAUCUCAGAAACCAUGGCUGCUAAAUGCCACUGUGGAGGAGAACAUCACCUUCGAGAGUCCCUUCAAUAAGCAGCGGUACAAGAAGGUCAUUGAAGCCUGCUCCCUGCAGCCAGACAUAGACAUCCUGCCCCAUGGAGACCAGACUCAGAUUGGGGAACGGGGUAUCAACUUGUCUGGUGGUCAGCGUCAGCGAAUCAGUGUGGCCCGAGCUCUCUACCAGCACACCAAUGUUGUCUUCUUGGAUGACCCUUUCUCAGCUUUGGAUGUCCAUCUGAGUGACCACCUGAUGCAGGCCCCUAUCCUUGAGCUGCUCCGGGAUGACAAGAGGACAGUGGUCCUGGUGACCCACAAGCUACAGUACCUGCCUCAUGCAGACUGGAUCAUUGCUAUGAAAGAUGGCACCAUUCAGAGGGAGGGGACACUCAAGGACUUCCAGAGGUCCGAAUGCCAGCUCUUUGAGCAUUGGAAGACCCUCAUGAACCGGCAAGACCAAGAGCUGGAGAAGGAGACAGUCAUGGAGAGGAAAGCCUCAGAGCCAUCUCAGGGCCUGCCCCGUGCCAUGUCCUCCAGAGAUGGCCUUCUGCUGGAUGAGGAAGAGGAGGAAGAGGAGGCAGCCGAGAGCGAGGAAGAUGACAACUUAUCUUCAGUGCUGCAUCAGCGAGCUAAGAUCCCCUGGAAAGCCUGCACUAAGUAUUUGUCCUCUGCUGGCAUUCUGCUCCUGUCACUGCUUGUCUUCUCCCAGCUGCUCAAGCACAUGGUCUUGGUGGCCAUUGAUUAUUGGCUGGCCAAGUGGACUGACAGUGUCCUAGUCCUGAGCCCUGCUGCCAGGAACUGUUCACUCAGCCAGGAAUGUGCCCUGGACCAAUCUGUCUAUGCCAUGGUAUUCACCGUACUCUGCAGCCUGGGUAUCGUGCUGUGCCUUGUCACCUCUGUCACUGUGGAGUGGACAGGACUGAAGGUGGCCAAGAGGCUGCACCGCAGCCUGCUCAACCGCAUCAUUCUGGCCCCCAUGAGAUUCUUUGAGACCACACCCCUGGGGAGUAUCCUGAACAGAUUUUCAUCCGACUGUAACACCAUUGACCAGCACAUCCCAUCCACACUGGAGUGUCUGAGCCGAUCCACGCUGCUCUGUGUCUCUGCCCUGACUGUCAUCUCCUAUGUCACACCCGUGUUCCUUGUGGCCCUCCUACCCCUGGCUGUUGUAUGCUACUUCAUCCAGAAGUACUUCCGAGUGGCGUCCAGGGACCUGCAGCAGCUGGAUGACACAACGCAGCUCCCACUGCUCUCACACUUUGCUGAAACUGUGGAAGGACUCACCACCAUCCGUGCCUUCAGGUAUGAGGCCCGGUUCCAGCAGAAGCUUCUAGAAUAUACUGACUCCAACAAUAUCGCUUCCCUCUUCCUCACGGCUGCCAACAGAUGGCUGGAAGUCCGCAUGGAGUACAUCGGAGCGUGUGUGGUGCUCAUUGCGGCUGCCACCUCCAUCUCCAACUCCCUGCACGGGGAACUUUCUGCUGGCCUGGUGGGCCUGGGCCUCACCUAUGCCUUGAUGGUCUCUAACUACCUCAACUGGAUGGUGAGGAACCUGGCAGACAUGGAGAUCCAACUGGGGGCUGUGAAGCGUAUCCAUGCACUCCUGAAAACCGAGGCGGAGAACUAUGAGGGGCUCCUGGAAGGAAAUAAGCUCAACUCUGGGUCCAGCCUGGCCAAAGAGAAGCUAGUCAGGAAACCAAGACGAGAGGAGAUGCUGCACAUUGGGAUCUGCGGCCGCACAGGCAGUGGGAAGUCCUCCUUCUCUCUGGCCUUUUUCCGAAUGGUGGAUAUGUUUGAAGGGCGCAUCAUCAUCGAUGGCAUUGACAUCGCCAAGCUGCCGCUCCACACACUACGCUCACGCCUGUCUAUCAUCCUACAGGACCCUGUCCUCUUCAGUGGCACCAUCAGAUUCAACCUGGACCCCGAGAAGAAAUGCUCAUACAGCACACUGUGGGAGGCCCUGGAGAUUGCCCAGCUGAAGCUGGUGGUGAAGGCGCUGCCAGGAGGCCUAGAUGCCAUCAUCACAGAAGGAGGGGAGAAUUUUAGCCAGGGCCAGAGGCAGCUGUUCUGCCUGGCUCGGGCCUUUGUGAGGAAGACAAGCAUCUUCAUCAUGGAUGAAGCAACAGCCUCCAUUGACAUGGCUACGCAUCGUGUGCACACCAUCCUGAGUGCAGACCUGGUGAUGGUCCUCAAGAGGGGUGCUAUCUUGGAGUUUGACAAGCCAGAGACACUUCUCAGCCAGAAGGACAGUGUGUUCGCCUCCUUUGUCCGUGCAGACAAGUGA